AUGACGGAUGGCGAGGGGAGAGAACACUUUCACUACUUGGAGAGCGAGGAGGUGAGAGUACCCGUCUCAGCUCUCUAUCGGGCGCCCAGUCCGGGUGAGGACAUCGGAGAUGAGGAGGAAAAAAGCAGCACAUGGAUCCCUGUUCCCGACAGUUCUCAGGCACAGGGUUCCAGCGCGCGCGACCCGACUCCGGAUCUUGUCUCGGAUGAGGAGGAGCAGCCUCCGUACCCGGCUCUCGCGCCCGUUGUAUUUUUUUGCGUCAAACAGACCACACGCCCACGAAGCUGGUGCCUCAAGAUGGUUUGUAACCCAUGGUUUGAACAUGUGAGCAUGCUGGUCAUUCUCCUAAACUGUGUGACACUGGGCAUGUUCCAGCCGUGUGAAGAUGUCAAAUGUGAAUCUGAGUGGUGCAUCAUCUUACAGGCGUUUGAUGACUGCAUCUUCGCCUUUUUUGCUGUGGAGAUGGUUAUCAAGAUGAUAGCACUGGGGAUAUUCGGAUCGAAGUGUUACCUUGGCGACACUUGGAACCGCCUGGACUUCUUCAUCGUCAUGGCAGGGAUGAUGGAGUACUCAUUGGACGGCCAUAACGCCAGCCUGUCGGCCAUCCGGACCGUGCGAGUGCUCAGGCCCUUACGAGCCAUUAACAGAGUCCCCAGUAUGAGAAUACUGGUGACUCUGCUCCUUGAUACUCUGCCUAUGUUAGGCAAUGUUCUCCUGCUGUGUUUUUUCGUCUUCUUUAUAUUCGGCAUUGUCGGAGUGCAACUGUGGGCAGGCCUCCUGCGGAACAGGUGUUUCCUGGAAGAAGAUGUGAAGGACCUGUAUAACCUGUCGUUCAUGAGUCCCUAUUACAUGCAUGAGGAUGGUGAAGACAGUCCGUUCAUCUGUUCGACCGCUAAGGAGAACGGCAUGCUACGCUGCCGUGAUGUGCCUCCACUCAGGGAAGGAGACGUGGCGUGCACACUGAGCGCGCCCCCUCUCGGACAGGCCCACUUCGGCCUGGACGGGCCCAGCAAGAACAGUUGUGUGAACUGGAACCAGUAUUACAAUGUAUGCAGACCUGGGGAACUAAACCCUCACAAAGGAGCAGUUAACUUUGAUAAUAUUGGAUAUGCUUGGAUUGCUAUCUUCCAGGUCAUCACGUUAGAAGGAUGGGUGGACAUUAUGUAUUAUGUUAUGGAUGCACACUCCUUUUACAAUUUUAUAUAUUUUAUACUGCUCAUUAUAGUGGGCUCCUUCUUCAUGAUCAACCUGUGCCUGGUUGUGAUCGCAACCCAGUUCUCCGAGACCAAGCAGCGGGAGAACCAGCUGAUGCAGGAGCAGCGGGCGCGUUACCUUUCCAACGACAGCACCCUGGCCAGCUACUCAGAGCCGGGCAGCUGCUACGAGGAGAUGCUCAGGUACAUCAGCCACCUGUACCGCAAGGUGAAGCGCAGAGCCUCCCGUGUCUACAACGGCUGGCAGAGCAAACGCAGGAAAAAAGUGAACCCCAACAGCGGCCUGGGCGGGACGAAUGGGCACAGCAGGCAACGAGGAGGCGGCCACUGGGUCCAUUCCAUCCACAACCUCAUCCAGCACCACCAGCAUCACCACUGUCACCUCAGUAACGGAAGCCCCAGCCCCCAGGGACAGCAGGGCACCCCGGGGAUGGGCGAAGCCCUGGAGAUGAGAUCCUUCACGUCUGGGACUCAGCUAACUCUGCCCUCCCACUCAAACACUGUGCAGAGUUUAUCUCCAGGGGCCCAGUCCGUUCACAGCAUUUUUCAAGGUGACUUUCACGAGGCCCCGCAAAUCCGCUGUGCAUCCACUGGCAAUACAGCAGGCAUCCCGUCGCUUGGGAGGCUUAAUGGGGGCAUGAACUACCCAACUAUUUUGCCAUCUUUCAUCUGCAGUUACACAAGCAACGCAGUAGUGGGCAAAGGCAGGGUUUCAAACCCCGACUCAGGAGAUAUGGUGGAUCCUUUUGAGAAGCUGCAACAGCUUAUGGGAGAGCACGGUCACAGCAUGCUGCUACAGAUGGCAAGCGUGGUACCAGGCCCGCUGCUCUUUGAACUGAUCAGCUGCCCGUACUGCGCGCGGACGCUGGAGGGCAUGGACCUGGAGCUGGGCGAGUCGGACUGCUCCAGGUCCGAGGGAGACGUGGUGCACGAGUUCUCCCAUGGGGCCGAGUUCAAGCCGGCCCGUUUGCGCCGACGCAGGAGGCUGGAGGAGAAAAUCCGUGUGGCCCAGUACUGGCAGGACUUCAGGGAAAAACUCAAACGGAUCGUGGAUAGCAAAUACUUCAACCGGGGGAUUAUGAUCGCUAUCCUCAUCAACACCUUGAGUAUGGGGAUCGAGUACCAUGAGCAGCCGGAGGAGCUGACGGACAUUCUGGAGAUCAGCAACAUCGUCUUCACGAGCAUGUUCGUCCUGGAGAUGCUCUUUAAGCUGCUGGCCUUUGGACUCUUCGGCUACAUUAAGAACCCUUACAAUAUAUUUGACGGGAUCAUUGUUGUCAUUAGUGUGUGGGAGAUCAUCGGCCAGGCCGACGGAGGCCUGUCUGUAUUGAGGACGUUUCGUCUUCUGCGCGUGCUCAAACUGGUCCGAUUCCUGCCUGCUCUACGCAGACAGCUAGUGGUCCUGAUGAAGACUAUGGACAACGUGGCCACUUUUUGCAUGCUUCUAAUGCUCUUCAUCUUCACAUUCAGUAUUCUUGGAAUGCAUCUGUUCGGAUGCAAGUUCAGCCUAAAGAUGGAGAACGGAGAUACCAUCCCAGACAGAAAGAACUUUGACUCUCUGCUGUGGGCGAUCGUCACUGUGUUCCAGAUCCUGACUCAGGAGGACUGGAAUGUAGUCCUGUAUAAUGGGAUGGCUUCUACCUCACCACUGGCUGCCCUGUAUUUCGUGGCCCUGAUGACCUUUGGGAACUACGUCCUGUUUAACCUUCUGGUGGCCAUCUUGGUCGAGGGUUUUCAGGCAGAGGGAGACGCCAACAAGUCAGACGCAGACGAGGAGAAGAGAUCUGUAAAUUUCGAGGAGGAGGAGAAAAUAGGAGAACUACGAGCUACAGAGCUGAAGAUGUAUUCUCUGAUGAUGUCGGCCAAUGGGCACGUUGACCCCAGAGCCACUGCACCUCCACCGAUCAUCAUGCGUACGGCUGCCACGCCCAUGCCCACCCCAAAGAGCUCCCUAGGCCCAGAGUCAGUGCUCGGUUUGGGACCGUCACGGAGGGGCAGCGGGGUCUCAGUAGACCCAUAUUCAUAUGAUCAGAGGUCCCUGACCAGUCCGCGGAGAUCUCCGUGUCAUCCCAAAGGCUCGGGCAGUAACUGGGGCAGCCGCAGGUCCAGCUGGAACAGCCUGGCUCGGGCUCCGAGUUUGAAGAGGAAGGACACGUCUGGGGAGAGGGAGUCCCUGCUGUCCGGAGAGGGCAGAGGAAGUUUCGAGGAUGAGGAUUCUGAAGGAGACUUGACAGAGAAAGGCGGCAUCGCCGGUGGGGAGGCUGUGCAGCGUCCCAGCUCUCUGGACCUCCCUGAACAAGCUCAGAGCCCCAGUCUGUGGCUGUCGGGAGAGCACCAGGACUGCAACGGGAGAACCUUACACCUGCCCUCUGACCUGCCCUCUGAACUCAGCAGAGAGGACUCCAACGCAGACGAGGACAUAGACGAUGGCUUCUGUUUCCGCCUACGGAGGAUGCUGGAUGCUCACAAACCCCAGUGGUGCAGAGAUCACGAGGACUGGUCCUUGUAUCUGUUCUCUCCUCAGAAUGAAUUUCGGAUGACGUGUCAAAAGGUCAUCUCUCACAAGCUGUUUGACCACGUGGUGCUGGUGUUUAUCUUCCUCAACUGCAUCACCAUCGCCCUGGAGAGGCCUGACAUUAAGUCCCACAGCACGGAGCGUGUUUUCUUAAGUAUCUCUAAUUACAUUUUCACUGUGAUUUUUGUGGCUGAGAUGACAGUGAAGGUGGUGGCCCUAGGCUUUUGCUCGGGAAAACAUAGCUAUCUUCAAAGCACCUGGAACGUCUUGGAUGGAGUGCUAGUCUUUGUCUCACUCGUAGACAUCCUGGUGUCUCUGGCGUCCACUGGAGGGAACAGAAUUCUGGGUAUCUUGAGGGUACUGCGUCUGCUGAGGACCCUACGGCCUCUGAGAGUGAUCAGCCGGGCCCCUGGACUCAAACUGGUAGUGGAGACGUUGAUUACGUCGCUGCGACCCAUCGGAAACAUCGUGCUCAUCUGCUGCGCCUUCUUCAUCGUCUUUGGCAUUCUAGGAGUUCAGCUCUUCAAGGGCAAGUUCUAUCAUUGUGAAGGACCUGACACGAGGAAUAUCACUAACAAGACAGACUGCCUUCAGGCCAACUAUCGAUGGAUACGCAGAAAGUACAACUUUGAUAAUUUGGGACAGGCGCUUAUGUCUCUGUUUGUUCUGUCGUGUAAAGACGGCUGGGUGAACAUUAUGUAUGAUGGACUGGAUGCCGUGGGUGUGGAUCAACAGCCGGUUCGUAACCACAAUCCCUGGAUGCUCCUCUACUUCAUCUCCUUCCUACUCAUAGUCAGCUUCUUUGUGCUGAACAUGUUUGUCGGCGUGGUGGUGGAGAACUUCCACAAGUGUCGCCAGGACCAGGAGGAGGAGGAGGCGCGUCUGCGGGAGGAGAAGAGGCAGAGGCUGAUGGAGAAAAAGCGCAGGAGUAAGGAGAAUUGCGGGUCUGAAGCUCAGCAGAGACCUUACUACGCUGACUACUCACCUGCUCGCCUCUACAUCCACACACUAUGCACCAGCCACUACCUGGACCUCUUCAUCACAGGUAUCAUCUGUAUCAACGUGGUCACCAUGUCCAUGGAGCAUUACAACCAAUCAGUGUAUCUUGAUGAAGCUUUGAAGUACUGCAACUAUGUCUUUACGGUUGUCUUCAUCAUCGAAGCCCUGCUCAAACUGGUGGCGUUCGGUGUCCGGAGGUUCUUUAAGGACAGGUGGAAUCAGUUGGAUCUGGCCAUCGUGCUUCUCUCCAUCAUGGGCAUCACCCUGGAGGAGAUAAAGAUGAACGCCGCGCUCCCCAUCAAUCCCACCAUCAUCCGCAUCAUGAGAGUGCUGAGGAUCGCCAGAGUGCUGAAGCUACUGAAGAUGGCCACAGGGAUGAGAGCUUUGCUGGACACGGUCAUGCAGGCUCUACCCCAGGUGGGGAAUCUGGGUUUGCUGUUCAUGCUUCUGUUCUUCAUUUAUGCAGCACUGGGAGUGGAGCUUUUUGGGAAACUGGAAUGCAGCGAAAAAAACCCGUGCGAGGGACUGAGCAGCCAUGCUACGUUUGAGAACUUUGGGAUGGCCUUUUUGACGCUUUUCAGGGUGUCGACAGGGGAUAAUUGGAAUGGCAUCAUGAAGGAUACUUUGCGAGAGUGCACUCCGGAGGACAAACAUUGCCUGCCCUACCUGCCCUGGGUCUCGCCCAUCUAUUUUGUGACGUUUGUUCUGAUGGCCCAGUUUGUGCUGGUGAACGUGGUGGUGGCGGUACUGAUGAAGCAUCUGGAGGAGAGCAAUAAAGAAGCCAAAGAAGACGCGGAGAUGGAUGCUGAGAUAGAGCUGGAGAUGGAGAUUGCGCGGAGACUCAGUAACGUCUCGGCUGGGAGCUCCGUCAGCCCUGAGGACAGGGCCACCUAUGUAGGGCCCCGUCCCGACUCACCUGGUCAGGGUGACGGGUUGCAAGGCGGUCGGGAGAACUUGCUGUCUCCACAGAAAAUGUCAGUGUCUAGAAUGCACUCUUUACCCAAUGACAGUUACAUGUUCCGUCCCGUGAGGCCAGCCAGCGCACCAUACCCCCUGCAAGAGGUGGAUUCCAACCAGGGAUACCUUGAAUUAGGGUCUAUCACGUCUGUCCAUUCCCAGCCUUGUGAGGGACAUUCCCUGCUCCAGGUCCCUGGCGUCUCCCCCGAGUCCUGCUUCAGCACCUGCAUGCCCAGGAUCCCACCACCGAAGCCCUCACCCACCCACAGCGUUGGCAGGGCCCUGCGAAGACAGGAAGCGAUCAAAAACGACUCUGUCGACGUGCAGAGCUUUGACUCCAAAGACAACUUGAACAGACAGACGGGGGCCACGUCUGGCGGCUUCACCCUCCCGGUACCACGAAUCUCUGCCCCCGGCAGCCCUCGGGCCUCGACCCUGCUUCCUGACCGCGGCCGUUCCCCAAGCGUCCGGACCCUGCAGUGCCUCUACAGCCAACACAACAUCCCCUCCAGGCCCCCCAGCCGAGCCGGCAGCAGCAACAGCAUCAGUCCCAGCAGCUCCAUGUUCGACUCCACCGACCCCACCGACGAGGAGGUUCGUCACAUCAACAGUUCGGCCAGGAUGUGGGGAGGAGUUCAGACGGAAGUGCGCAGUCACUCUCUCUCCCCCUACGCCACCACCGAGGCUCUGCACUCCGACCCUGCUCCGGAGAAGAACUCCAGCAGUACGCUCAAUCUGGCCGCAUGCGGCCUGAGAGACAAGGACCUGAAGAAGAUUUUUAGCGUAGACACUAAGGGGUUCCUGGAUAAACCCACGGGAACUGAGGACCUCCGCCGACAUUCUAUUGAGAUCUGUCCGUCCGUGGACGACGAGAUGUUUAACCAGGCCAGAGGGGAGAAGAGGCACAUUCCGGUCCGCGGUCAGUCGUUGCACAUCCCGCGGAAAAAGAAGAUGAGCCCUCCCUGCAUCUCCAUAGAGCCGCCCAUGGAGACGAAGGGUCCCCCACCUCUGGUAUCGAUGAAGCCUCGGAAAGCCUCAGAGAGCAGCAUGUUGCUACGGAGACGGACGCCGUCUUACGACAUGGCCCUGCAGCGUGACUCCCUGGAGCUGCUGGAGCAGCAGGCCCUUAGCCAACCACCUCUGAUCAAAGUGGAGAGGCACCCUUCCCACUGCGGAGAGUAUCUGUCUCUGCCUCAGUUCACUUUCGAGCAGCCGGAUCCCAGCGGAUCCGUGGAUCUCCUGGCAGAUAUUCUCAGUGAAAAGGACUCCUCCACCCAAAGCUCCUCCUUUGACAAUAGAAUCGAGGAGUCAACAGACUUCAGCACAGUAAACAGGACAGGCCAAUGA